AUGAGCUACAAGCAUCAGCUGGGCUCCCAUUGGCUGCCUCAAGAAGCCACCGGUGAAACUCAUCAGCCUCCUAAUCCUGACCCAACUCUUCUUCACCUGGACGAAGUGGAGGCCGCAGUCAACUUCCAGCUCAACCUGCAUCUGCAGGCCUCCGACACCUACCUCUCUCCGGGCUUCUACUUUCACCGUGAAGAUGUGGCUCUAGAAGGCCUGGGCCACGGCUUCUGCGAGUUGGCAAAGGAGAAGCGCCAGGGUGCCGAGUGUCUCUUAAAGAUGCAAAACCAGUGCGUCAGACACGCCAUCUUCCAUGACAAGCAGAGGCUGUCCCAUCAGGAGUGGGGUGAAACCCUGGACGACACGGAAGCCGCCAAGGCCCUGGAGAAGAACCUGAACCAAGCGGCUUGGGAUCUGCGUGCCCUGCACUCUGCUCGCGCAGACUCAGUCUGA